AUGAUCGCAGCGGUGAAGACGAAGAUCACGGAUGGAGUGGUCGGCAUCACGGGCAUCACCAAGAAGCCGGUUAACCAAAGCGGGAAGACGGAGACGCCCUCGGAUCGCUUGACGUUGGUCUCCCUGAGCCGGGCACCGGGGGAUGCAGAUACCUACGAGAUCACCUUCGAGGGAGAGGCUCCCCCAGGGGCCGAGGGCUACGUGUGGCAGGUGACUUUGUCCGUGGACGCCGCGGGAAGGAUACAGGGCGACGGCAUCCCGCACAAGCGCAAGAAGCAGAUCGUGAACCGGAAGGCCAGCGUGCCGGAGGUGCCAGAGGCCACACCGCUGCAAGCGUCGAAGCCACCGAUUGAGCUGUCGAUGGAAGAGAAGAUCGAGCUUCCGGACUUCGAGGACGAUGAGGAGGCCGACGAGGACCCUCAUCUCAUGGCAGAGAUGGAGCGCGAGCGGAUGGACAUUGAGCGCGAGGAGGCGGGCGAGGACUCGGACAUGUCCGAGGGGAUUCCGAGGAAGCCCCGGAAGAAGAAAGCCUACAGCGAGAGCUCCGAGGAAUGCUACAACGAAGACGCCGAGAGCGAACGGGAGGACAGGGAGGUAAACCGGGACACGCUGAGCGAAGCGAUCUUGCCUAUGUACGAUGCGACGAUGGAGAUCCUUGAGAUCCUCGAGAACUACAACGGGGACCUGGGACAAGUCUUGCGAGGCUACAAGAAGAUGUUCCAGUGCUUCAAGGACCUGAAAAAGCACAAGAAGCUCCGACGGGAGUUCGAGAAUUAUAAGAUCCGACAGCAAAUCGGAAAAGACCGCUACAAGUGGCCUACAACAGCAGCAAAGCCACGAACAAGAGAGGCGCACGAGCUCCUGGAAGAGCAUGGCAUCGAGGGAGAACUCGAAGAGUUUUUUGAGGAGCUCUACGGCGGCGAUUCCGUACAAGCUGACCGAGCCAGCAGCCUCGCGAAGCCGGGGAUUUGGAAUCCCAGCGAUUGCUUCACUUGCCUGGUGUCCAUGCAAAUGUAUAAAUUUUUUGACAAGACGCAGCUGGAGCACACCAACAGGAUGUUCGAAAAGUUUCCCGACUGUCUGAAGGUGGCGUUCAUCGACUGCGAUGACAAGGGUAUCACUGCAGAGUCAGACCUUGUCCAUCCGAAGCAGAAGCGACGCUACUACAGCAGUCUCAUCGAUGCCGCCUGCGAAGACUUGCCUACGGGAUUGAAGAAGGCCAAGUAUCGCGUGGAGCUGCCGGGCUAUCCUAUCCUGGGCGAUGGCAAGGGUGAUAACCAGAACCAUGCAAUUCCAUUCAUGCGUGGUCUUUUUACGCAGUGCAUCGAUGCGAAUCAGGGCGCAUACUUUGAGCAGAUGAUGCUGCUGCCUUGUGCGCUCGGCGAAUUCCGCUCGCGACGGAGAGGUGAUGGGCUGUCGAAGCGAAUUGUAGGAUUCCCGGAGCACAUUACGAGUGACAUCGGAUCGAUUGGCGACUUCGCUGCCUCUGCUGAAGUAGCCUUUGGUACAAUCCUGCAAAGAACCUAUGCAGUGCUUGGUGCCAGAAUGCAUUACGGCCAUCCCGACAUCAUGAAUAAGCUGGCCAUGAUGCAGCAGGGCGGUGUUUCCAAAGCCACCAAGACGGUGAACCUCUCUGAAGAUAUCUUCGCAGGUAUGGACUUCACACUUCGGGGUGAAGGGAGAUCCAUCAAGCAUUCGGAGUACUUCCAUUUGGCCAAGGGCCGUGACCUUGGCUUCAACACCGUCCUGGGCUUCUUCUCCAAGCUCUCUUCCGGGACAGGUGAGCAGGUCCUGACACGCCAAGCUUUCCGAUUGGGCCAAGUGCUACAGCUGCCAGAGGCACUGACGUUCUAUUAUGCGCAUGUGGGAUACUACUUCACGCAGCUGUUCGUGUCGUGGAGUAUGCCCCUGCUGGUCUUUGUCUGGCUGCUAGUGCUGCUCGCAGACGAGGUGCGUGGUGGCAUUUUCGAGGCCUUCUUGAACCUGAACCAGGACACGAUGUCAUCAGCUGAAGUGAUGGCCAAGACUGUGGGCGUCUGGUUCUCCUGGCUAUUGCUGCUCUUCCUGGUUGCCACCUCUCUUCCACUCUUGGCUGAGAUGUGGAUGGAACGCAACUGCAAGGUGGCUUUCGAGCGGUUCUUGAAGCAGAUGUUCACCCUCUCGCCGCUCAUGUUCAUCUUCCAAGCGAAGAUCAUCGGCCACUACGUCAUCAACGAAAUCCGCUAUGGUGGGGCGACCUAUGUCAACACGGGCAGAGGUUUGCCAACCGACCGCCGUCCAUUUAUAGGUGAGGCUUUGCCUGGCAAGUUCCAGCUGAAGAAAGUCGGAGGACUGUACUUGGACUAUGCGGCCAUAGCGUAUUACGAUGGAGUGACCUUGUUGGCUGGAGUUGUGCUGAUCUUGGUUGCUGGCGGCGUGUCAGGUGCAGGUGAGUUCGCUGGAGACGUUUGGUGGAUCUUCAUCUGCUUGGGUCUAACAGUGGUCUCAUGGCUAUGGGCACCCUUCAUAUUCAAUCCCUACCAGUUCGUGUGGAAGCACUUCAAGGAGGACUUUCGUGGUCUCGUGGCUUUCUUCUUGGAGGGAAGUGGCCGCCAUUGGGUCGAGUGGUACGAUCGCACACAGCUGAAACCGCGCAGUGGCGGGCUGCACCGAUCCAUGGUGGACAUCACGUUUGUGGUCGCAGUCUUCUUCCUGGCUGCAUGGUACGCAAUGAUCAACAUGAAGAUCGACGCACUUAUGUUGGCCUAUUCAGGUGCCGUCUCGGGCAACAUGCUGCACAUCGCAGUUCUCCUGCCACCGAUCGGAGCUUCAUCUGUGUACUGUAUUCUGGCCGUCCUCUUCGAGACGCUAGUUGGCUGCUCUUCAAUUCUCCGCCGACGGCUGCUGAGACCAAAGCGCUCGAAAGCCAAGAGUUUCAGAUUUCGCUCUGCGAAAUCUUCCGGCACGGAGGAGGCAAAGCGUGGCGCUGCCUCUGCCCGCCGCGAUGUCGAAACCGGUACUCGCGAGUCGACUGCCGUGACAGAAGAAGAAGAGGAUGAGGAGGAGGAAGCGCCACAUGCAACUGCUCAGGACCGUGAAGUGGCCCCUGCACCGGCCAGUGCGGCACCUGGACCUGUCGACACGCCUCAGGGCCAGGAGGCUCCACCUCGACAAUGCUGCGAGUUUGGCAUCCCGCUUACUUUUUCAGCUUGGACGGUCUCGUGCCUUGACCUGGCAGAAGCAGUCUAUGCGAUCUAUGUCUUCAUUGUAAUUGGGUGGAGGAACGCAUUCGUUGCCGGAUUCAUUCUGAAAUGUUGCUUGCUGAUCAUGUGCAUCUUCUUUGGUGAAGGCAUGCUGCGGGCGCGCUGCUGCAACCUCCUGGGCUGCUGUGGCUUGCCCUUGCAGCUUUGGGUUCGUGCUCAUCGAAUGUCGCGGGACAUCAUGGUGUCCUCGAUCAUCUUUUCAGUGAUGGUUCCGUUUGUUGUGCUGAACAGUAUCAAUGACUACCUUUGUCCUGGCUGCUCGGCGCACCAGCUGCUGAUCUACAGGGACCCAGGCCACCUCGCGCGAACCGAAGCUGUUGUCAUGGAUGUACUGGGUGAAGGCGACUGGCUAGACGGGGAGGUUGAGGAUGGGAGAGCCGUGUUCGACGGCGCACUUCCGAAACCUCAGCUACCACCAGCCCAGGAGCGGUUUGGCUGA